UUGGAAUGAAUUACUUGACAACAGGCAGCAACUGUUGCUCACUUUGACAACUACAGUACUGGACGUCCCCCUCCCUCUCUCUCCUUCACCAGUGGCCGCUCGUCCAUUACUUUCCUUCAGUCGGAGCCGAAAUGUUGUUCAGUCCGACCGGCGUGUCGGAGUGUUUUCGCGAGUGGGGAGAUUUAGAGAAGGACUAUCAACAAAUUCAGGACACACAUCGGCUGUACAGAGUUAAGCUCGAGGAAGUCACCAAAUUGCAGAACAGCUGCACAUCCGCCAUCUCACGUCAUCGGAAGAAGCUGAAAGAGCUCUUGUCAUCGCUUGAACAAUGCAAAGUCAACCACCUAGAGCAAAAGUUAAGUCUGGAGCAAGUGGACUCCAUCGCCGACAUCCAGGUGGAAAUUGGCGAGCGAGCUGAUGCCUUUUCUGAGAUGGAAGCCUUUCUGCCAAAGAAAAACGGGCUAUACCUCACUCUUGUUUUAGGAAAUGUCAACGUUACACUCCUCAAUAAGCAGUCAAAAUUUGCCUACAAGGACGAAUAUGAGAAAUUUAAGCUUAUCCUCACUGUCAUCCUCUUCCUCUUUUCCUUCACGUGUCGCUUUUUAUUCAGCUACAGAGCAUUGGACGCCCUUUUCAACUUCCUCCUGGUGUGGUACUACUGCACGCUCACCAUUCGUGAGAGUAUUCUCAUCAAUAACGGCUCCAGGAUACGAGGCUGGUGGGUGUUCCAUCACUACGUGUCGACCUUCCUUUCAGGAGUCAUGCUCACAUGGCCCGAGGGGACUCUUUACCAAAUGUUUCGGAACCAGUUCCUCUCCUACUGCUUGUACCAAAGUUUUGUCCAGUUUUUACAGUAUUACUACCAGAGCGGCUGCUUGUACAGACUCCGAGCCCUCGGAGAACGACACAACAUGGAUCUCACCGUUGAGGGUUUCCAGUCAUGGAUGUGGAGGGGACUCACCUUCCUGCUGCCAUUCUUGUUCUUUGGUCAAUUCUGGCAGCUGUACAAUGGCGUCACACUUUUCAAGAUGUUCCAGCUACCAGAGUGCAAAGAGUGGCAGGUGGCGAUGUGCUGCUGCUCUUACAUGACUCUGUUUCUUGGCAACUUCUUCACCACGCUGGGGGUGGUCUACAACAAGUACAUGAUGAACCAAGACAAGCCCAAGACCUUGUAGGACUUCAGUGUUUGUACCUCCAUUUUACUGUUACGCUUAUCUGCUCUCCUUGCGUUGUCACUCAGUGAGUGGCGCUCAUUGGUAGUGGGUUAUAGGAGAAUGUUACCCAAGUGUACUUACUGUAGAUGUGAUUCAUCGGUACACGUCACAAAAGCAUGUGCACAGUUCCGUGGGGAAAACAUUGGUGUCAUUUAGUAUUUGCUGAAUAAAUGCACUCCUGUACAAAGGCAGCUUGCACUGAAUUAAAUACUAUAGGGUGUUUUUGGUGCGCUGAAAUUGGAGUUGAGAAAGGGCAGCACGGGACCCUGCUGUAGUUUGUAAUAAAGUGCAGUGUACUAAAAUGUCCAAAAGAUGGCGCCAUUGAGACACAGCUUCACAAUUUGGCCUCAUUGAAACACAAUUGAUCCAAAUGUUUAUUUUUUUGUUGUCAUUAGGAGCACGACAUAAAGAUUAGCCAACCCCCCCCCCCCCAAAAAAAAAAUGAAAACAACGAGUCAUUUAUUAAAAUCAAACUCGUUUUCAAUUGGAAUGCUUUCCAAUGCAGCUCUUUUUUCCCAAGCAUUUGCCGGGGGCAAGUUUUUUUAACAAGUUGGGCACACAUUCAUAUGUAUAAGGUCACACUGGUGAUAUUCCUGUGCGGCUGCACAAUACGUCCUCUGCUUUAUGAUUUAAACAUUUUCUUGAUGCAAAGACAUGAAAGGAGGCGAGAAAAGAGGCGCCAUAAGAUCACAGGCAAACCACAGCUGAAAGUUUAAAAUGAAAAGCAGCUUUACGCCCAAUUUGCUGCGGCGGAACUUCUGUAGAAGGAGAGGGGGGAAAAAAAGAAGAGCAUGUGAAUGUAUGCGUGAGGGCUGGAGGGUGAGGUUGGUGGAGAGGAUUCUCUUGUGCCAGUUUGGUCCUCUUUCAUGUGCCUCAUUAGAAGCUGGGAGGGGAACGAGGAGCCCAAGGACAAACUGUAUGUAAGGGAUGAGGAGGGGGGGGCACUGCCAAAAUGGCUUCUUUUGCCUCAGGAUUGUUCACCUUAAUUUUUUUUAAACAAUCCAAUAUGUAGGUCAAUAUGCUAAGCUAUUAUUUACUCCGUGGAAAAUAAACAUUACACCACAGCUUCA